AUGAAGAAAUUAACAAGACGACAAACAAUAGAUGCGAUACCAACUCCAUACAUAGAUAGUAAUGAACAAAAACCAACAGUUGUGACACGUCUUCGAUUAAAUCUUGUCAAUUGGUUUCUUAAACUGAAUCUAUUCAAGGGUGAAGAUCGUUCGAAUGAGCAAAAUGAACGAUGGAUAACUCGUUGUUAUUUAUUUCUAUUUUCAUUGACAUCACUUAUUCUCAUUAUCUACACAUUUGUUAUUGAACAAACGAUGAUUGUUACUGUUUCAAAACCAACAUUGAAACAAUACGAAUACUUAUUAGAACAACAUAAACAACUCUAUUGUCCGUGUACUCGAAUAUCAAUACAAUAUACUGAAUUUACACAGAUAAAUAGUAGUUAUCAUGAGGUUUGUUCAAGUGAUUUUACUUCGACACAAUGGAUUCAAUAUCUUAUAGGUGAUAGAAACUAUUCAAAUCCAUAUCUUUUCUCAGGUUUACACUUCGAUUCAGACAAUCAUCAAAUGUCAAAUUAUGAUCAGUUAGAUUUUCGAACUCUGUCAAUAUCACAAUUUUAUUUUCUUUCUCAAUUAUGUCAACUUUCGCAAGAGAUUGUUCAAGAUGCUAUUACUGAAUUUCAACAACAAACUUUUAUCAAUAGUCAAGCAAUGUCUCGACUAUCAUUGAAAACAGAACUUCAUUCGAUUGUCGAAAAAUUUCGAUUACAAAUACCAUUAAAAAAUGUUAAGAGAAAUCGAAUUAAUUACUGUCAAGCAUUAAUUCAAUCAACACUGGAAUGUUUUUAUAAUCGAACGUGUCUAGAUCAAAUUCAAUCAUAUAUUGAUUAUAAUCAAUUUUCAUUAAAUGUAACACCGUUAAACAUAUCAAAAUUAAGUCGAUAUUCGCCUAAAACAUCCAUUGAAGAGAUGCUGAAAGAUUUAUUUAUUGAAGAGUGGAAUUCACUGACUGACUAUGAUCAGUAUUAUAAACAAUGUCAACCUAGCUAUUGUCAAUAUCAAUAUGUAGAACAGUACAGUGUUAGUAGUAUAACAAAAUUAACUGGACUCGUGAGUGGUCUUAAUCUAGGAUUUCGAUUAAUAACACCAGUAUUAGUGAAGAUUUUCCUAUUUACAUCUGAAAUAGAUGAUGCAAAUCUAUAA